AUGAAGAUUCUAGAAGCACAAUCCGCGACCCUUAGCAAUUUUGAGGUUUACACUCAUCUGAAGGAUAUUCAAAAGAAACACCGCACAGGAGGAAGGAGACCAGGAAAUCUUGACAAUGUUAUCAAAGAGUUGAUGCAAUACCUUGAAGAAGCACCAUCACCUCUCGCACAAAAGCCAUGUCCAUAUCAUGAAGAUACAAUUCGAAAUCUCCUUGAACAGCUUCGUCCCUAUGACUUGACCAAAGCCGAAAUCCUUAUGAUUGUCAAUCAUCGACCAACAUCAAUGGAGAAUUUGAAUAUCAUUAUUGAAGAAUUGGAGUUGAGAUUUCCAGAUGAAAACGAGCAGUGGGGAAUUAUAGAUGUUGUUAAAGAUGUGCUAGGUGCACAGGAUGCUGAAGAAAUGAAGCAGACUAUGGCAGAUAAUACCGAAGCUGCCAAAAAAGAUGAACAGAAGAGACUGGAAGAUGAAGAGAGACAGUACAAGGCGCUUAUGGACCAAUCGUGA